AUGAAAUUUUACGUGGAUAUUAUAGAGCGUUCAGAGUCCGCAUUUGCCAAAACGGGCAGCAGUGUCCCAAUUCAUUUUCCAGAAAUGGCCAAUAAUCCCCCGUCCUCUGGCAUGCAGCCUGUUCGACCUCCUAUAAUCGGCCAUGUGGGUCCCCCUCCAAAUCCCCCUCCUCCUAUGUCGAUGCAAUUUCGACCUGUGGUUCUACCACCACCGCUGCCGCCAUUUGUUCCGGUGGCUCCCUCACAGUUUCAGACAGGCGGACAUUCAAACAUGGGGAUGCCACCUCAUCCUCAGUAUCCUCAAGCAGUGCCACCUCAGCAAUUACAUCCACCGCCAAUUCAAAGGCCUGGGCCGGGUCAAGGCCCGUCACUCGCGCAGCCAGUGAUGUCAGCUCACGUACAGCAGCAAAUGUCUAAUAAUUUUGUGCCUAGUUAUGGUACUUCCGGGAUUUCUCAUGUUACGUACACUGUGUUAUCAUCAUCUGGUGGCCAACAACAAAUGAAUAUGGGCCCCACAGCCCAGCAAAUGCCUCUGCCGCAGACAGAUGCUCCCAGUUUUGGACAACCUUGGUUUUCUACAGGGAAUCAAAAUGUGCAGUCUGUUAUGUCCGUGCCACUAGUGGCUGAACAAAGCGGUGGAGAACAAGCAUGGUUAUCAAGUGGGCCCCAAAAUAUUAAGCCUGUGACUCCAAUGCAGCAGAAUGGGGAGCAAAAUCAUGCUGGGACACAACAAUGGCUAUCUGGUGGAGAGCAGAAAGUGGAAUCUGGUGAUUCUCACCAGACGGGGGAAAAAAUUGCUGCCAUGGGGAAGAAUACUUCACCCGACCUAGCCAUAAAGGUUCCAUCAGAUUGGAAAGAGCAUACUACACGUGAGGGAAAAAAAUAUUAUUACAACAAAAGGACAAAGAUUUCUUCAUGGGAGAAGCCUUUCGAGUUGAUGUCGCCAAUUGAGAGGGCUGAUGCAUCGACAGACUGGCGAGAAUUCAUUGCUCCUGAUGGAAGAAGGUUUUACCAUAACAAGGUCACCAAACAAUCUAAGUGGCUUAUCCCCGACGUAGUCAAGUUGGCUCGUGAGCGAGCAAAUGCGGCCCCAUGUGAAGGAAUACCAACAGCAAAUGAUGUAAAUUCAUCUGGCCUAGAAGCAUUAGCCUCGGUUGCAAAUAACUCGUUUUUGUCGCCCCCAGAAAUGGCGUCAAGCCCAGUUUCGGUGACACCUAUUGGUAAUCAAGAUGGAUCAUCUAGCACACGUGAUGAGGUUGAUAACUCAAAACCAGAAACAAGCGAAAUGAAAACUCCAAGGGAAACUCCAAGGAAAACUACACCAAUGAGAAUAUCUGACGUGUCACCUCAAGAAGCCCGACCAUCUUCUGUGAGAAACUCUACAGGGAGCAUUGAGGAAGUUGAUAGAAGUUCAGAAGUAUCUGGAGGCGCGGACAAUAAUGCGCUAGAAGAGAAAAGAGUAGAUCAGGGACCUUUAGUCUAUGAGAGUAAAGAGGAGGCUAAGAAUGCUUUUAAAGCUCUCUUGGAAUCAGCAAAUGUUGCAUCUGACUGGAACUGGGACCAGGCCAUGAAAGUUAUAAUAAAUGACCGGAGGUAUGGUGCCCUCAGAACUCUUGGAGAGAGAAAGCAAGCUUUCAAUGAGUUUGUGGGACAGAAGAAAAAACAGGAUGCUGAAGAGAAACGUGCCAGAAACAAGAAAUCUAGAGAAGAUUUUAUGACAAUGUUACAGGAAUCUAUGGAGUUGACAUCAUCAACAAGAUGGAGCAAAGCAGUAACUAUGUUUGAAAACGACGAACGUUUUCAAGCUGUUGAACGAGUUACUGACCGUGAGGACCUGUUGAAAGACCAUUUAGAGGAGCUUAAGAAAAAGGAACGGGCAAAGGCGUUGGAGGAGCACAAGCGUCAUAAAGCAGAAUAUUUGGAGUUUCUAAAAUCUUGCGACUUUAUCAAGGCGAGCAGCCAAUGGCGUAAAGUUCAACACCGCUUAGAACAUGAUGAAAGAUUCUCACGCCUUGAGAAAAUAGAAUGCUUGGAAAUUUUCCAGGUGAUGUUUGAUUACAAAUUUACCCUUGUGGUUCAAUCUAAUCAGGAAUACAUACGUGAAUUAGAAAUGCACGAAGAAGAAGACAGAAAAUUACAAAUCGAGGAAUCGAGGAAAAUAGAACGUAAAAAUCGUGAUGAAUUUCGGAAGCUGAUGGAGGAACAUGCUGCAAGUGGCAUUCUUACCCACCAAACUCUUUGGCGGGACUACUCCACGAAGGUUAAAGAUAAUCCUGCAUAUGUGGCUGUAUCUUCGAAUACCUCAGGAUCUAGUGCACAAGAUCUGUUUGAUGAUGUUGUAGAUGACCUUGAGAAACAGUUUUUGGAGGAUAAGGAGAGCAUAGAAGAAGCUAUAAAGAACAAAAAAAUAUCCUUGUUAACGACUUGGACUCUUGAAGAUUUCAAGAGUGCACUUUCACUUUCAAAAAAUACUAGCACAAAACCAAUAUCAGAUGUCAACUUAAAGCUUGUACUUGAUGAAUUAUUAGUAAUUACCAAGGGGAAAGAAGAAAAGGAAGCUAUGAAGCGCAAACGAUUAGCUGAAAAUGUUCAUGCUUUCCUUUUUUCUUUAAAGGAAUUAUCGUCAUCUUCAAAGUGGGAGGACUGCAAAUCACUUGUUGAAGGGAGGUUCAACGGGCAAGAAAGCUUUUUCCGGGAAAUAUUUGAUAAGUUCAUUCUUGAACUCAAAGAUAAGGCAAAAGAGAAGGAGAGGAGGCGUAAAGAGGAAAAGGCUAAGAAGGAAAGAGAGAGAAGUCGUCGAGAGAAGAAAGAAAAGGAUAGGAGGAAUAAAGACAGAGGAUCUCAUGAGAGGAGAAAAGAGAGAGAGAGACACAAGACAGAUGAAACUGAUAGUGAUGGGUCCGGGUCCCACGAUUUGGAAGACAGCAAAAGGUCAAAGGAGAGAAGUAGAAGGCAACACAGGCAGCGCGUGCGGACCUUAGACGAGACGAAUUUUGAUGAUGAUGAUGAUAAAGAACGAUCGAGGUCUCGUAAGCAGAGUGUAGAUUCCAAAAGGUCUAAACAGAAAGAGAAGGAUGCUGAAACGGGUUCCGAAAGCCAAAGCAAGAGACAUAAGAGGGAUCAUCGAGAUGCCUUUGUUAAGAUUACUGAACAUAACGAAAGCAAAGAUGGUGAAAUUGACGAGGAUGUCGAGUUUCAGUUUCUAGAUUCUAAACAGAGACCGAAAGUUCAAGUGGAAAAG